AUGCAUCCGGAGCAAAAAAAAUCGUUUAAAGAAAAGCAUGACAUCAGGAAGAAGCUGUUCAAUUCAACAAAGACGGAAAGAUCAGACUGGAGAAAGAGUAAGAGUGCUAUAUCAUUAUAAUUAUUUAUAAUUCAUCGUUUUACCAUUUGUUUUAGUGAAAGACGAGAAGAAACGUAAAAACGAAGAAAAAGUAAUCAGAGCAGCCGAAGAAACCAAAAGAGCCAAAAUGGCGAAGGAGGAUCACACUCCGCCCUUCACAAUUUCGAUUGCCGUUCCGGGACAGUUCCUCAACAAUGCACAAUCGAGUGAACUGCGGACCUACAUGGCCGGGCAGAUUGCCAGAGCCGCCACUCUUUAUCGAGUCGAUGAGAUUAUCAUUUACGACGAAUCAUGUAGGAUGACCAAUGAGUGAGUGCUGCCUCUCUUUCAGAUCAUGAAAAAUUAUUUCAGAGCGGUGAACGCGUACUACAAUGGUUCUUGGGAAGGUAAUCUAUUUCCGGCCGAAAACAACUACGAAGGAUGUUUCUAUCUGGCGAAGAUCCUCGAAUAUCUCGAAUGCCCACAGUACCUUCGCAAGGACCUUUUUCCGAUCCAAAAACCUUUGAAAUAUGCGGGACUUCUGAAUCCUCUCGACGCGCAGCACCAUCUUAAAAGCGACGAGACGACGUUCCGCUUUCGAGAAGGAGUCGUGCUGAAAAAGAAGUCGAAGGAAGGCCGAGGCCCGAUUUGCAAUAUCGGACUGGACAAGGAGUUCGAGAUCGACUCGGAUGCCGUUGCACUACCGCCGUGGACAAGAGUUACCGUGGAAAUCAAAAAUCUGUCUGAACGUAAUAAAGUUUACAGGAAAAAAUCACAGAGUGAAGCAUAGUUUAUUUAAUUUCAGAAUGCAAACUUUAUCGUGGAAGCAUUACGAGCGGAACCGCAGUGACCAGAGAGACCGGACACUACUGGGGAUACUCGGUUCGACUUAUGACUGGACUGCAGAAGGUUCUCGAAGGGUGAGUAGCAAUCUUAUGUUAGAAAUUCAAACAUUUUUUAAUGAUUUCAGAAAAAAAUUCGAUAUUGUGGCCGGAGUGUCCCCACGUGGAAAGCUUGCUUCUCAGAUAGACGUCUGUAUUCUGAACAAACCGUAGGGUUCAGUAAAAGUGUCUAUCCGUAAUCCUCUUGCUUCAGAAAAGUGCUUCUUGUGUUCGGCGGCGUCGCUGGUGUCGAUGCGGCGGUCGAAUCGGAAGAGCUUGCCGAGUGGAAGCGUGCCGAGGACGCAUUCGAUGUGCUCAUUCGGACCACUUCUCUUCCUAAUGGAUCUCGCAGUGAACGCGUCGAAGAGAACGUCCUUUCGGUUCUGGCACAAGUCCAAUGCCGACUUGAGACUCUCAAUCAGCUCUAA